AUGAUUUGUUAUUUCUGUUUAGCUGGCCUAGCAAUCUUCCUUUAUGUAUUUGUUAUACAUAUCUUUGUUAAAUUGAUGUUGUUAAAAUUGAAACAUGGAAAAGAUGUUUAUAUAUCCUUUAUCCCUUUAUUUGGUGAUUACUUUUUUUUGCAAUAAUCUUUUAAAAAAUAUGGUGAUGCAACAGAGAUCUUUAAAUAAAGGUGUUAAAAAAAUCCAAAUAUCAAAUUUGUGGCUUCUAAUAUUUUGAAUAAGAUAUUCUUAUUUGUUCAUGACCCUGAAUAUUAUAAAUAAGUUCUUGUCAAUCAUGAGAACUAUACAAAAGUGGAGAUUCUCUAUCAUCCCAAACUAUCAUCAACCUCUAUAUUAUUUGGUGAACCUUAAAAGGUUAAACAAUAAAGAUCUUUAUUAGGUGAGGCAUUUACGUUUGAGAAGUUGAAAUAAAGAACUCCAAUAAUAAAUCAAGUUUUACUUGAGAAAUUAUAGAAGGAGGACAAAACUAAUGUGUUGGACUUCUUAACAAAAACAUCAAGUGAAAUAAUAAUUAAAACAUUCUUUUGUAAAGAAUUAUAAGAAAUUAUUGUCUAAGGUAAUGAUAUUACAACAGAGAUGAUUGAUUUAAUAACAUAGUUAGGAGAUAUGCAAAUGAAUGAUUUAUAUGUGAGUAUUAAAUUAGCAUUAUUGGGAAGAAGAUCAUUUGGUUUGUUUCCAUCAAAAAAUGAAAAAUAAUUAGAUGCUCGCAUAGAUAGAUUAAUAGAUGGAACUUUAAUGCCCAUUAUUAAGAAUAAGAUUGCUAAUUAUAAGCCUAACUAAAAUUCAGAUUUCUUGGAUAUUUAUAUUCAUGCGUAUCUUAACUAAAAGCCAAAUGAACCUAAAAUUACAGAAUUAGAAUUAUGUUAAUUGUUUGUUUCCAUUGUAUCUGCAGGAACCGAUACUACAUCCCAUCAAAUUGCAAUAACUCUAUAUUAUUUGGGUGUUGAAAGACAAGCAUAGGAAGAGAUUAGAUAAGAAAUACUUAAUGUAGUUGGAAAUGAGGUGGAUAUUCAACCAUAACAUUUGGGUAAGUUGGUUUUAUUGAACGCUUUUAUUUAGGAAGCAUUCAGAAUUAAAAAUACUGUGAUUUAACCAUUAACUAGAAUAGCAAAAGAAACACAUUACAUUAAAAAUUUGAAAGUCGAAAAAGGUACCUACGUAGCUGCUUUGACUACUGCUCCUAGUUGGAAUGAUAAGUACUUUGAUGAUCCAAAUAAAUUUGAUUACAAAAGAUGGCUAAGUUAGAGACCCAUAAAGGAAGAUAAUGGUUAUGUAUUUGUACCAUUUUCUGCCGGUGGAAGAAAUUGUAUCGGAUAACACAUGGCUAUGAUGACUAUGAAGAUUAUGAUUGGACAAAUCUUGAGACAAUAUGAUGUGGUAGUAGAUCCCAGUGUUAAAGUAACAUUCCCUUUAGUAUUGUUUAUUCAAUACUCACCCUAAAACCUAGUCCAAUUGAAAAAGCGCAAGGAAUGA